CUGUCCCACCAGUGCCAGUGAUGGUGGGGAGAACACAACAGGGUGGCGUCUUUCGGUGUUCCCCCAGAGCCAGACCAAACCAUGCAGCAGUGAGUGUGCUGUUCGGUAGUGUUCACCAUUCACCGUUUGCACGUCAUCGCGCUCGGUCGGUUGUUGGGUAACUUUCACUCCGUGCCACACAGUAGAGCACCUCGAUCGUGGUGGGGUGGUGUGUUGUUUUGUGCGUGAUUUUGUAACCUGUGUGCGUCGGCUACGUCAUGUAAUAAUGAUAUACAGUUUCUGUCGCUUGCAAAGCUCCAUUCCAUUCUGUAAACUGUGAUACAUUUUAGCAAGUUUAGCUCGCAAGUUUUACUUACUUGACACAAAACUGCGCAACGGCAUGAGCAGCUUAGACUUGGAGUGAUUCGUGUUUGUGCGUGCUUGUUUGUGUUUGAUUACGUACGCAGCUUCUAAGACAACCGGCUUGUUAUCAGUUUGUGAAGGAAAAAAAAAACACACGAUUAAAGAAUUAAACUUCUACAGCAGCAACAAUGUUCAGCAGCAGCGGAAUGUGGUGUCUACGAUUCGUUUCCUGCCUUCUAGUGACCUUCACAGUAUUGCCAAUGCAACAGACCACGGCCCAGCUUACGCUCGAGCAGAUGCGAAUAGUGUCGACCCGUACGAACGAAUCGCACUUCGACAGCAUGCUCAAAAGCAUCCUCAAGCCACGAAUCGUUGGCACUGCCACACACAGCGAGGUCAAGCGGAGCAUCAUCAAGGAGCUGAAAACGCUCGGUUUUACCGUCGAGCUGGACGAGUUCAACCAGAAGGCACCGCACUUUGGCAUGCUCAAGUUUACCAACAUCGUGGCCAAGCUAAAUCCGGCGGCCGACAAAUACCUUGCCCUGGCCUGUCACUACGAUAGCAAAUACUUCCGCGAGCACGCGUUCGUCGGUGCGGUCGAUUCGGCCGUUCCCUGUGCGAUGAUGCUGAAUCUGGCCAAAACGACCGAAUCCGCGCUGAAGCUGUUGCGCAACAAUACGGACCUCAGCCUGAUGCUGCUGUUCUUCGAUGGUGAGGAAGCGUUCCGGAAGUGGUCCGCAACGGAUUCACUGUACGGCUCGAAGCAUUUGGCGACCAAGUGGACCACGGCACCGUACGUGUCGAAAGCGCUGGGAAAAUCGAUGCGCGAGAUUGAUCGCGUUCAGCUGCUCGUCCUGCUCGAUCUGAUCGGCAGUGAGGAUCCCAAGUUCUACAACUUCUUCCCCAACACACGUAACUACCACCGGCGGUUGAGCAAAAUCGAAAACAGCCUGCGUGAGAAUAAGCUGCUGGUGAAGGAUCCCAAGAGUGGGCCCAUGUUUCUCGAUCAAACGCUGUACAAUCGGAUCGAGGACGAUCAUCUGCCGUUCUUGAAGAGAAAUAUUCCAGUGCUACACUUAAUUCCGGUCCCAUUCCCAAAACAUUGGCACAAGCCGGAAGACAACGAAGCCAACCUCAGUCGACCGACUAUCAAGAACAUCAACGCCGUGUUGCGGAUAUUUACACUGGAGCAUUUAACGUUCUGCAAUAGCAAAUAUGGACGCCCUGUGCAGACUUGCUUGCAGUAAAACGAUUGCGGUGGCAAUUAUUGCAGCCAUCGCAUGAACAUACUAAGAAUUUGAUCUCAGCGUGUCUAUUGGCGUGUACUGCUUAACACGGUUACACCUUAUGUGAAUUUAAAAAAAAAAGUCACAGAUUUCUAUUGUGUGCAUUCUGCGCAUGAAGUCGCA